AUGGCCCCAGACGAGAAGGUUCCGCGGACCAUGAUGUUUGCGCGUGGGAAGGUUAACAUCCUCCUCAAGCGCCUUGUGCAGGACAUGCGGAAAAUGUUGCUCCCCUUCACCGCGCUGAAACUCAAGGAAUCAAGGAAAAACACCCUCAAGGAUUUCCUCCACGUGGCAGGCCCCCUGGGCGUGACACACUUCCUCAUGCUCUCCAAGUCUGACGUGUCACCCUACCUGCGCGUCGCGCGCACGCCACGUGGACCCACCCUCACCUUCCGCAUCCUCGACUACUCCCUCGCUGCUGACGUGGCCAAGUCGCAGAGGCGCCCGUACGUGCCAGCUGGCGUGUUCGAGUCGCCGCCACUGGUGGUGAUGAACGGCAUGGGAGCGAGCGGCAAGGGCACGGAGCAUCUGAAGCUCAUGACCAUCAUGUUUCAGAACAUGUUCCCACCCAUCAACGUCUCCACUCUCAUGACCAUCAUGUUUCAGAACAUGUUCCCACCCAUCAACGUCUCCACUCUCAUGACCAUCAUGUUUCAGAACAUGUUCCCACCCAUCAACGUCUCCACUCUCAUGACCAUCAUGUUUCAGAACAUGUUCCCACCCAUCAACGUCUCCACUCUCAUGACCAUCAUGUUUCAGAACAUGUUUCCACCCAUCAACGUCUCCACUGUGAAACUCUCUGAUUGCAGGCGUGUCCUGCUCCUGAAUCACGACCCUGCGAGUGGGACUAUUGACCUGCGCCACUAUGCCAUCACCGCCCGCCCUGUGGGAGUGUCGAAGCCGCUGCGCAAUCUGGUGCACCACCACGCUCUGCCCAACCUCAGCCAUCUUUCUGACAUUAGUGAACUCGUUACAAGGUAA